UAAGCUUUUCUGACCGCGUUACAACCUAGCAAGGAGGAGAAAACCUGCUAGCAUAGCUGCUAAUGCUAAUAGACGUACAUCAAACCCAUAUAGCUAUAUAGCCAUGUAGCCAGCCAACGAAGCGAAAUAAAAGACAAAAAGCUACGAAGUAAAGGUUCGCAAACCGAAACGAAAUAAAGAAAGCGACAAAAGAUGCAGGCUGGUGACCCUGUUGUUGGAACACCGAUGGCAGUAGCAGGUGGUCAGAGUCGGUCGGAGGAUGAAGAGUCACUUGGAAUAAAAGAUGUAAAGAGGACAGCAACCCAAGCGUUUGGCAGUGUGGUUCCCAAGCGCAGGAGUUCCUCAAGGUCAAUAAAGAGAAAGAAGUUUGACGAUGAGUUGGUUGAAAGCAGUCUUGUGAAGUCAUCCAGCCGAGUCAAAGGCCCUCCUGUCAUAGAGCCUGUCCGCUGUUCAGGAAGUGAACCAUCAUCCAGUGAGAAAAAAAAGGUGACAAAGUCAGGGACAGCUCUCACACCACCUCUGGCAAUGGUAAUCAACCCUGCGCCCAUCACUAAAAGAGUGAAGAAAAGUAAGCAGCCUCUGCAUAUUACCAAAGACCUGGGACGAUGGAAACCUACUGAUGACCUGCUACUGAUAAAUGCAGUGUUGCAGACCACAGACCUAACCUCUGUUCACCUUGGGGUCAAAUUUAGCUGUCGUUUCACAUUGCGAGAAAUCAAAGAGAGGUGGUACGCUCUCCUCUACGAUCCUGUUAUCUCAAAGUUGGCAUGGCAGGCUAUGCGCCAGCUACACCCAGAGGCCAUUGCUGCAAUUCAAAGCAAAGCUCUUUUUAGUCAAGCUGAGGAAGCCCUGCUGGCUAAGAUUGGUUCUACCAGUCAGCCCAAACUGGAUGUGUUUCAGGAGCUUCUGAGCAAACACCCUGGUGUCUUUCACCCAUCACGCACUCCCAAGAGUCUACUGGUGCACUGGCAGCUUUUAAAGCAGUACUACCUACUGGAUGACCAGAGUGUCCAGCCACUUCCUAAAGGUGACCAGGUCCUCAACUUCUCUGAUGCUGAGCAGAUGGUUGAUGAUGUUAAGCUGAAGGAGAGCAGAGAUGAAGUGUUGGAACAUGAGUUGAUGAUUUCUGAUCGUCACCAGAAAAAAGAGAUCCGACAGUUAGAGCAGGAGUUGCCUCGUUGGCAGGUCCUGGUCGACAGUAUCACAGGGAUGAGCAUGCCUGACUUUGACAACCAGACACUGGCAGCGUUACGUGGAAGAAUGGUACGCUACCUCAUGAGGUCGAGAGAGAUCACAUUGGGCAGAGCCACCAAGGACAAACCUAUAGAUGUUGAUCUCUCACUGGAGGGACCAGCCUGGAAAAUAUCAAGAAAACAAGGAAUUAUUAAGCUGAAGAAUAAUGGGGACUUCUUCAUCGCCAAUGAGGGCAGACGACCCAUCUACAUAGAUGGCAGACCUGUCCUGUCAGGCAACAAGUGGAAACUCAACAACAAUUCAGUGGUGGAGAUUGCAGGUCUUCGCUUUGUGUUUCUGAUUAACCUGGAGCUCAUCUCGCUCAUAAAAGCUGAGGCAGCAAAGAUGACACAGCAGUGAGAGAGAAGAAAACGUGAAGAAAACAGGACAUGUUGGAUUUUCUCAGUGCUUCUGUGUCUAACAGUGGAUGUUGGUUUCUCUAAAGGAAUGGUAGUGUUUCCACCAGUCAGACCAACAGCAGCCAUUUUUAGCUGAAAUGUGAAUCUUCAAUGGACUACAGACUAACCUGGAGCGACAUCAUACAAGUUUUACUUGUCUGGACAUUUUCCACAGUGUAAUGCAGAAACUGUUAUGGUGGAGCCUUUUUCCCAAUUUUGUGUAAUAUUGUAUUUAAAAUCUGUAGGAAAUCUUUUUUCACAAUAUUAAACUUGUAUACACA